CCCCGGCCCAGGAAGGGAGCGACCGGCGGGGCGGGAGAGCGGCGGCCGGAGCCGGCGGCACGGCCCCGGAGAGGCCGCGGGGCUCUGCCGGCAGCGGCCAUGGCUUUCGGGAAGGCUCCGAAGGAUCCUUUCGCCACCGCCGUGGGCAGCCUGGUGGAGCGAGCGACCUUCGGCACGCUGCAGGCGGAGGAGUGGGGACAGUUCAUGCACAUCUGCGACGUGAUCAACGCGACGGAGGAAGGGCCCAAAGAUGCAGUGAGAGCACUAAAGAAAAAGCUCUCCAAAAACUGUAACCAUAAGGAGAUCAGGCUCACCCUGUCUCUGCUUGAGAUGUGCAUGGAGAAUUGUGGCCCAAGGUUCCAGUCCUUGGUUGUGAAGAAGGAUUUCUGUAAAGACAAGCUGGUGAAGCUCCUGAGCCCAAGGUACAAUCUACCGAUGGACAUGCAGGAGAGGAUCCUGACCUUCAUCAUGAUGUGGGCCCGAGGUUUCCAAGGCACAGUGGAUGUCAGCGAAGUCAAAGAGGUUUACCUGGAGCUGCUGAAGAAAGGAGUGGAGUUUCCAUUCUCUGCCCUGAGCAGAGGGGCACCUAAGACUUCAGCUCAAUCUCCUGUGAAGUCAUCACCAUCUUCUGCCAGUCCUGCCAAAUGUUCUUUCCUGCCUCUCCCCACAGGCCCAACCUUACUGCUGACUCCUGAGCAGGUUGGGAAGCUGUACAGUGAGCUGGACAUGGCCAGGAUGAAUGUGAGAGUCAUGUCCUCCAUCCUGAGAGACAACGUUCCUGGCUCUGAGAACCCCGAUGACAUGAAUCUCCUGCAGAAGCUGUAUAAAACCUGCCGGAUGAUGCAGGAGCGCAUCAUGGAGCUGCUGGUGUCAGUGGAAAACGAAGAUGUGGUAGUGGAGUUAAUUCAAGUCAAUGAAGACCUGAACAAUGUUCUUCUGGGCCAUGAAAGGUUCUCUCGGAACAGAGUGCGCUUCCUGGAGAACCAGAGGAUCCAGCGGGAGCGCUCCCAGCUGUACAGGAAGCAGCCAUCUGCUCCCUCAAGGGAUCUGCUCGACCUCUCCAUGGAGUCUCCACCUCCUGCAUCAGCACUGGUGCCAAGAGACUCUGCAGUGGCUCCCUCAGGCCCCAAGGGCUUAUCUGCACGCCCCGAGGAUCAGCCAGCAGUGUAUCCCCGGCUGGACUUAGCAGCUGCUGCAAGGGCUCAGCCACUCCCAUCCACAGCUGAAGCACAGGACAGCAGUGCCAGCAGCCCAGCUGGGCACACCUACAGCAAUCUGGCCACUCUGCUCAGCCCAGUGCCUCUGCAUCCAGUCACUCUGCACAGCGGACAAGGUGCAUCCAGCAGCGGAGCGUCGCCAGCAGCUGUGUCCAAGAGCAAGUCACAGGCAGCUCAUUACUACGAGAUCAUGGAAUUCGAUCCCUUGGCUCCCACUGAAGCCAUUUAUGAGGAAAUUGAUGCUGUGCUGAAGACAGAGGUUAACAAGAGCACAGAAUGCUGAGGGUGGAGGUGAGGCCUCUCUGAUGCUGGUGCCAUGCAGCACUUCUGUGCCCUAGGAGUGGACACCAGAGCAGUGCUGUACCUGGACACAACACUCCAAGCUUUGGAAUCCUGAGCUGAGUGGAAGUUAAAGUUCCUUGGGUCUACACCUGGCUAGUUUGUCCUACCUUCAGCUCUGCACUCUUGCAUGACUCUCUUACAGGUGUUUUGGGGGCCUUUAAAACCUGAUUUCCAAGUUCAGCUGCCCGCAGAGCAGUGCUUGGCACAAGUACACCUAAAGCCUCUUGCAGUUACAGACCAAAGUUUGCCUUUCAGGUUAAGUCUCCCUUUGAGCCCUUUGUGCAGUGAAGCAACAGGGCUGUUGUGUUUACCCAAGCUGCAGAAUUCCUUCUAGUUUGGCCUCCUUGCUGUCUGUGUUCACCCCUCCCAGAAACGCAGAGGAGGCUUUUGAUGUGUGGGGCUGCUCUGCCACUGGGCCUUUUGCAGACAGGCAGUGUUGCCUUCUGCACUCAUGCUUGGAUUACAGGCUUGGUUUUCCUCCUAAAAGCCCACAGCAGGGCUGAAUUCUAGUCUUGGUCAGAGCCUGAGCUGGGACAGGAGGUGCUGUCAGCCAUGAUUAGCAGAGCAGCAGCUGCUUCUUCCCGUGGGGCUCCUGCUCUUGCUGCUGUUUACUCUAAAUACUGGAUGGGGAUCAAUCAUUUCUUUCCAUCUUCCUGCCCUGCAGAGGUUGUUGUUCUGGUGAAGGAAAUCAUUAUCAUCAUCAUCAUCAUCUACAAUGCAGAUGAGCAAUAGUUGCCCAGGUAUUUUAGCUGAGUCAUUUAGCCCUGUUAAUGACAGUUUUAUCUUUGAGUAAAGUGCCUUAUCUGCCUUCAUGCUGGGUGUCAGCCCUGCACUUGAACAGGAGCAGGGCUCUGAGUUGAGAGCUGAUGGAAAACUUGAGAGCCUGGGUCCCUCUUCAGAGCUGGGCUCGUGGUGGUGUGGGAAAGAAUUCAGUGCAUUCUCUUACCUGCUCAGAGGAGCAAGUUCUCAGCUGGGGCUGCAGUUCUUGUUGCAUACACUUCCCAAUAAAAGCAGCACUUCUCUCCCUC